AUGGUAAGUUCUAAUUUAAACGUAUAUGAUAAGUUAGAUAGAAUUGUGUUAGAUGUAUUACAAAAUAUAGAUGAAGAAUAUAAAAAUGGAGGAUCUGAUGAAAAGGUGUAUUUAAAAUUUUAUGAAUUAUUUUACAAGGAGAGUUAUAUAGAGAAGUUAAAUUAUAAUGAAUUAAUAAAUACUUUUAAAGAUAAAAAUAUACAUAAGUAUUUAUUUUAUAUGUUUGAAUGUGUAUUGAAUAAAAUAUCUUUAAAAAAUAAUAUGAAAUAUCUAGAUUUUUUGUUUAUUAUUUUAAGAUAUAUAACGUAUUUUUGGUUUUAUUUAUCAGAAGGUAAUAAAUUAAUAUUAAUAUCUUAUUAUUAUUCUAAACUUAUAGAUUUAUUAUAUAAUUUAAAUUUAAAGAAAAGUGCUUUUUUGAUUAAUAUGUAUAACAUUCUUAUAUAUUUCUAUAUAAAAGAUAAAAAGAAAGUUAUUUUUGAAAUAAAAAAAAUUAAAGAGAAUGAUGCAUCUACACACAUAAAGAAUUUGAUAUUAAAGUUAAAUAAAAUAUUAAUAUACGAACAAGUUAGACUUAUUACGAAAAUAACAAAAGAAUAUUAUAUAGAUUGUCUCAAUGAAGAUAUAGAAAAGAAACUAUCUAAAUUAAUAUUAUCCGAAGAAGAUAUGAAUAAUUUUAUAAAGGAGUGUAAUUUGUAUAACUAUAUGUGGGUAUGUGAUAGAAAGGAUGGAUAUAAUAAUAAUGAUAAAUGUAAUACUAAUAAAUGUAAUGAUAAUAAAUAUAAUACUAAUAAAUGUAAUGAUAAUAAAUAUAAUAGUGAUGAUGUGAUAAAAAAAAAAAAGGAAGAAAAUUAUUAUUCUUUUUUUAUAAAAUAUAAAAAUAAGAAUGAUAUAGAAAUAUUCAUAAAUUGUCAUCCAUUUACAAUUAAUAACAGUUACAAAAUUUUCUUAAAUUUUUUAAAAAACUUUUUCAAAAUAAUAAUUGAUGACUUUGAUACAUUUUUGUUUUUUUUAAGUUUAUUCUAUUUAGAAUAUUUUUUAAUGUAUUGUCAUUUUUUUGAAAUAAUUUAUUACAUUGAUUUGUCAAACCAUGAACAAGAUCACAAUAAUAUGGACAGAAAUAAUAAUAUAAAUUUGAAUAGUAUGGAUAGAAAUAAUAUAAAUAAUAUAAAUUCGAGCAGUAUAGAUAUAAAUAAUGUGUAUGAGGUUCAAAAAAAUGAUAAUUCCAAAAAUAUAUAUAAAGAUACCAAAUAUAUUUCAAUACAAGCGUGUGCUAACAAUAUUGUUACGACAUAUGAUGAAUGUAUUUUUUUAAAUAAUAAUAAAAAAAAUAAAAGGAUUAUUUGGAAUAUUAUUUUUGAUUCUUUAAAAAAGAAAUUUGUUUCAGAUGUAAAAAAUGUGAAUUAUGUUUUAAAAAUAUUUAAAUAUACUUUUAGUUUUUUUUCUUUUGAAAAGAAUUUAAAUUUAAAUAGAGAAAAUAGAACAUAUAUAGAUAAUUAUAUAUAUAAUAAGUUAUAUAAUUUUACAUAUAUAUCAUCUAUAUAUUUAAAAGAGUUAUUAAAAUUUUGUCUUUCAUUUAUUACAAAUAUAUUAUAUUCCAAACAUUUAACUGAGGAAAUAAUAUUUAAAUCUAUUUCUUAUAUAUUUCAUCUUUUGUCUAAAUUAAUAUGUAAUACUAAUAAUGAUAUAAAAGUAUUCAUUUUAUGUAAUACUGAUAAUAGUAUAGUAUUAAUCUCAAUAAUUACACAUAUCUAUAAAUAUUUUAAAAAAUUAUAUUUUAGUAAGAAUAAUGAGGAAGUUGAAAUAAGUAAAUCAAAUAAUUCAAAGAAGAAUAAUGUCAGUGUAGACAAAUUAAAAUAUUCCUUUAUAACACAAGAAAAGGUUUAUCAAAAAAUACAAGAAUGUUUAUAUAUUGUAUUAACAAUUGAUGAAUGUGUUGAAUGUUACACAAGAGAAUGUAUAAUGCCCUCCCAAAAAAUAAAUAAAGAAAAUCAUCAUAAUAAUAAUAAUAUUAAUAAUAAUAUUAAUAAUAAUAAUUAUCAUAAUAAUCAUUAUGAUGAUAAGUAUAGUGUUGCUGGGCAUGACCCUUGUGAUAACCUUAAAAAUAAUUUUACUAAUAACUUCUACAUUUGUAUUAUUAUAAAAAUAAAUAAAAUGAAUAUGUUUUAUUCAAACAUGGAUAUUAUUAAAGUAGUAUCUGAAAAAGAUAAAAACUUUUUUAGAAAAUUUAUUUAUACCAUAAAUAAAAAUCAUGAGAAUUUUAUAAAUUUCUUUUCUUAUAUAUUAAAUAUAAAUUAUAAAGGAAAUGAGGAUGAUUUUAUUUUAAAAAAAUAUAUUUUAAAUUUAAAAAAAAAAAAUGAACAUUAUAAUAAAGAUAAAAAAUUGAUAAACCUUAUGAAACCUUAUCAUUCUCCUUUAAAAUAUAUUUUUUUAAAGAAUGAAAUACAACAAGAGAAAAAUAUAUGCAAUGAUAGUUAUGACAAUUAUUGUAUUGGAGUUUCAUCAUCUGAUGAAAUUCUGGAUGAAAAGGACAAGACAAAAAACAAAGAAAAUAUCAAUAUGAAUAAUAUAAAUAAUAUGAAUAAUAUGAAUAAUAUGAAUAAUAUAAAUAAUAUAAAUAAUAUUAAUGGUAAUAAUAAUAAUAGUUAUAAUGAUGAUAUGUUGUGCAAUGAUAGCAAUUAUGAUAAUAUUCAUUUUUAUAAUCAUUAUGAUAAUAAGAAUGAAAAUAAAAGAGAUGAUAUGCCUAUAUUUGAAAAUUCCAGGUUUUAUAUAAAUACAAAUAUAAUGAAAAAUAUAAAUGUCGAUUUUAAAAAUGUAUGUCAUACUAUAGUAUUGUGUGUGAAGAGAUGUAUACAAAUAUCAGAUAAUAUAUUUAAUCAUUUUGAAAAGAAUAAAAAUUUAGAACCAAAUUUUAAUAUAUAUGUAUGUAAAAAUAUACUUAUUAAUUUUUUAAAAUGUUGCUUAUUAAAUAUAAGUUUAUCUUCUUAUAUGUGUGUGAAAUUAAAUUAUGAUUAUAUUUUAAAAGAAAUAUGCGAAUCUAAUUUAAUUGAGUAUGCAUAUAAUAUAUAUGAUAAAUAUGUUUGUUUUAUAUUAAAUCAGAAUGUAAAGAACUUAAAUGAGCAUAAACACAUCUUACAAUUUAAUAUAAUAACUCAAAAUAAAAGGAGAUCAACUGUUCAUAAUAAUAAAAAUAAUAAUAGUAAUAAUAAUAUUAGUAAUAAUAAUAAUAGUAAUUAUCCCAGUUGUGAUAAUAAUAACAGUAGUAGGAGUAAUGGGGCGGUCAAGGAAUCUUCAUUAUAUAACAAUAUAUGUCUUGAUGAUAUAUAUGACAUUUUAAGAAAUAAAAAAGAUAGACAUGAGAAUUCAAAUAAUAACAAAGAUAAUAUAUAUCAUACUAAUGAUAAAUAUAAAAAUGAUAACCAUUCAAAUGAUUAUUAUGAAUGUCAAUAUAGUACUUUCUUUAUUUCAGAUAAUACCACAUUUGUUGAAACAUUAUAUUCAAAUUGUUUUUUAAUUAUGAUAAAUGUUUUAUUCAUAUGGGAACUGUAUCUAGAAAUACCAUUAGAAAUUCUAAAUAAAAUGAGAUAUAGUUUUUUUGAACUUUUUUAUAAUACAACAAUUAAAGUUUUAAAAUUUAUAAAAACUGAUAAGGGUUUUUUAUUUCUUUUGAAUAUUUUAAAAUUUAUAUAUACAAAAUUUAUAAGUUUACCAUUCAAUCCUAUAGAUAUUCAUACAAACUUUAAAAUGUAUGAUUUUUAUGAAUUUCUUAUAAGUAAUGAAUAUGAUACUAAUAUAAACACCCAUUUUAAUAAUAGCACUCCAAAUAAAAAUCAUCCUCAUAAUAAUAAUAAUAAUAAUACUUACUAUUAUGGUUGUCUUGAUAUGGAGAAAAAAGAAGAUGAUAAAUUUAAUCAAGAUAGUUUAUUUAUUAAUUCAGUUAGUCCAUUAAAAUUUAUUCAGAAUAAUAGAGAGGAAGAAUAUAAUGAGGAGAACUCAAAAAAUGAUAGUACUAAUAAUAUCAUUAAAUAUAAACAAACUAAUGAAGAAUUCAAUGAAUACAGUAAUUAUAAUAUGUUAAGUGUUAAUAAGAAAAAGAGAAUAAGUAUUGGAGGACUUGUUCCUAUAUUUCUAACUAGCCAAAAUGAGAAAGAAAAAAAAAACAAAAGGAAAACUAUGGUUGAUUAUGUAUCUUAUAAUAAAAUUGAAAAUGAUUCAUUUACAGACAAUGGUAAUAUAAGAGAGAAAAAAAAAAGAAAUACCUUAACAUAUGAUGAGAGCUCAUUUAUGAAUAAUAUGAAUAAUGAUAAUAAAGAAAAUUGUGAUUUUUAUGAUAAAAAUGAGAAUGAAACUCCAAAAAAUAAUUAUGAUAACAAUAAGGAUAUGUUAUCAAAUGAAAAUAUAAAAGUAAAGAGAGAUGAUGUAAAUGAUGAUCAUAAUAAUAAUAAUAAUAAUAGUAAUAGUAAUAAAAUGAGAAAUACGUAUUUAAAAAAUUAUUAUAUUCCUCAUAUAGAUUUAUUAUUUAUUAUUAUAGAUUUAGAAGUAUAUUAUUAUUAUGGAAAGAAGAAAUAUAAGAAAGUGAUUUUUAUUGUAGAAACUGUAUUUAAGAAUAUUAUAAAUAAGUGUGAUUAUAAUACUAAAGAAUAUUUAAGGUCAUCUAUUUCUUUUAUUUAUAAUUAUUAUCACCAAAUAUAUAUAAAAAGUAAUAAGAAUAAUAUACAAAGUUGUGGGAUUAUUCGACAUAUAUGUAAUUUAUAUUUUAAAUCAAAAAUAUUUUAUUUAAAUAAAAAAAUUAAAAAAAUGUUAUCAUAUUAUAAGGAAAAAUGUAGUAAUAUAGAUUCAUUGAAAUUAAAUUAUAAUGAAAUGUAUGAUGUAUUUUUUAAUAGUUUGAAAUGGAAAUAUUUUUUUUAUUUUAAAAAAAAUGUGAAUUCUGAGCAUUCUUAUGAUAAUGAAAAGUAUAAAUAUUAUGAUAAUUCUGAUCAUUUCAAUAAUAAUAUUCUUUUGGAUGAAAAGAAAAAGGAGAACAUGAUUCUUAUUGACGAAUUAUUAAGUAUACACAUUAAUAUAUUACUAUUUCUUAUAUUUUAUGAAUAUAUUUGUAAAUAUACACACAUACAUUUUGUAUUUUAUUUUCGAUUUAUAUAUUUAUUUUUUAAUAAAGUUUGUAUUGAUAUCUUAAAUAUAAUUCAUUGUUCAAAUCAUGUCGAAUUUUUUAAUCUCUUUGAUUUUAUAUAUCAUAAUAUAUAUAAUGAUGAUACUACUAAUAUGUAUGCUGUAAAGAAAUUAAAAAUUGCCUUGACAAAAAUUAAUGAGCAGAAAAUGUUAAAGAAUGAUAUAUUUAUUCCAUAUAAAUUUAAUGGUUCUAUUGAAAAAAUGAAUGAGAAGGAAAGAAUAACAUAUCAUCAUUAUCAAAAAAAAAAAAAAAAAAUUAUUAUUAUUGAUAUUGAAGAAUUGUUAGUUACUUAUAUACAAAUGAAUUUCAUUUUCUGUCGAAUUUGUUGUAUUUUUCUUUUCUUUCAAAAUAUGUGUUUUCAUAAAUAUGAUCUAAUUAAUAAGGAGUGUAAAAUAAAGGAAUAUAUGAAAUUAUUUAGAAGUAAUAGGAACAUUUUUGAUGCUUCAGGUGUUAAAAAUGAUGAAAAUGAAUAUUUAAAAAGUGAAGCCACAUAUAAUAAUAAUAAUAAUAAUAUUUAUAAAAAUAAUAAUAUGAACAUAUGUAAUACGUCUGAUAAUUAUGAAACAAACAAAUCUGAUACAAAUUAUAUCAUCCCCUUUGAUAACAAAUCAAGUGAUUAUAAUAAAUAUGACACUGAUGUGUCUGUUUCUAGUAUUUCUGAAAAUAGCUUUAUUUUAGAUGAAUGUUCAUCAUAUGCUAGUAAGAAAGAUUAUAUAAUUUUAGAAUUCAUAAUAGACAAAAUUGAAGAAAUAAAUAUUGGUCUAAUAUAUAAAAACAUGUUAAAAAAUUGUUAUUAUAUAAUAAAAGUAGAAAUGUUAUAUAAUUAUAUUUAUAAUAACAUUGAAAUAUUAAAAAGAUUUUCUUAUCUUAAUAAUGCCUAUUAUUUAUAUAAGUUGUAUUAUCAUAUGUUCGUUUGGAAUAAUAAAAAUCAUCUUGAUGAUUUAAAAAAUAUUAAUAAAAAGGAUAAACAAAAAUAUAUGAACCAUUCUGUUCAAGAUGAUGUAAAUGAUUUGUCUAUGAAAGGUCAUAGUAAUGAUUACACAUCAAAAAAUAAUUUUAAUGAUGACACAUUAGAGAAUAAUUUUAAUACCUUUUCUUCAAAAAAUAACAUACAUAAUAAGUAUAAUAAAUGCUGUCACAUUUUUGACAUCUUAACAUUAAAUCAAAGAUUAAAAGAAAAAAUGAAUCCACGUUAUAUAAAAUUAAUGUUUUAUGAUACGUCUCAUUUGUUUACUACAUAUAAUGAUGAUAGUGUGAAAAAUGAUAAUGAUUCAUAUGUAUGUAAUGAUGACAAUAUAAUGAAAAAUUAUCAUACAUGUCGUGAUUGUGUUUGUAAAUCUUCCUUUGAUAAAUGUAAUUCCUAUUUUUCAUGUAAUAUAUAUAAUUUUAAUUUAAAUUUAUUUCAUCCACUGAAUAUUAGAAAAAAGGGAAAUAUACAAAUUUAUGAAAAUAAUACAAAGACAAAUCCUUUUAUUAGUUCUCAAGUUAUUAAUAAUAAGUAUUUAAUGAAUCUAAAUAAAAAAUAUAAUAAGAUUAAAAAAUAUAUAAUGAAUUAUAUCAUAUCAACCUAUUUUAUUAUAUUAUGUUUUUAUUUUAAUGAAUAUAAUAUAGAAGAAGAUAAUUUAUCCUUUUAUUUUAUUCUUUAUUUAUUUCAAACAAAAUAUCAUGUUUUUAAUAAUAAUUUUUUUUUAAAUAUAGAUAAUGGAUAUCAAUCAUUAAAUGAAAAUAUGUACACUUCAAAACAUGAUAUUAUAACUAGAGAAAAUAAAAGUAAAGAUAAUAAUUUUAUAUAUUUACAACAUUGUAAAUAUAAAAUAUAUACAGAAUAUGAACUGAAGAAUAAUAUUUAUCUUAUAUUCGAAAUUUUAAAUAAUAUAUAUGAUAUAUAUUAUGGAAAUAUAUUUGAGAAUAUAUCAGUUCAUAAUGACAUUGAGAUAAAUAUUGAUUUAAAUUUUAUAAUUUAUUUGAGCGAAAUAUAUAAUAUUUUAUUUUUCUAUAAAAUGUAUAAAGAAUGUGUGCAUAUAUUAUUAUUGUGUAUUAUGUGUACAUCUAAGUUUUUUUGUUUAUAUAUAUUUAAUGAGAAGCAUGUAUAUAAUGAGCACACUUCAUUAGAUUUUAUUGAUAAUGAAAAUGUAAAGAGUAAAAUUACACACAUUAAAAAAAAGAGAAAUACACAUAUAAAUAUUAACAUUAAUAUUAAUACGGAAGAUAAUUCAAACACUAAUAGUAAUAACGUUGAAUAUGGUUAUUAUUAUUAUAAUCAUGUAAUGAAUGAAGAGAAAGAUAAGGAAUCAAAAAAUAUAAUCAAGGGGUCUCAUAAAUGUGAUGAACUUAAAAAGAUAGUAUAUCAAGAGGAAACAAUAUUAGAAAAUAAUAAUAUGAAUGAAAGAGUAUUUUAUGAAUAUGAAAAGGAUAAUAUGUCUGUUUAUGACAUUAACCCAAAAAAUGACAAUAAUAAUAAUACGAGUAAAAGUAAAUGUAAAUGUAAAAGUAAAUGUAAAAGUAAAUGUAAAAAUAAAUGUAAAAGGGAAAAGACAAAUACAUAUAAUAUUAGGAAAAAUAGAAUAAUACAUAUUUUAAAUAUAAUAUAUAAUAAAAUAACAUGCAAUGUAAAUAAUAUGAAUGUUAAAGAAAUAUAUAUUAAUUUACAUAAUUAUAUGCAGAACUUAAUAAUAUGUAUAUCACUUUUUUAUUCUAUAUAUAUAUGUCUAGAAAAAUUAUGUAAAAAAGAAUAUAAUAUUAUUUUCUUUAAUUGUGCUAAUAUUAUAUAUAAUUAUUAUAUCGAAUUUUAUCAAUAUAUUAAAAAAUUUUGUAAAACAUAUUGUAAAGAAAAAUUGUAUAUGUCUACUUUCUUUUUUGAUAAUUUCAAUUUAAAAAUAAUUAAUCUGAGAAUUCUUUCUAUUAUAAAAGAAAAGGAGAUAUACAUAAAAAGAAAAGAAAAAAAUAUAAGCAAGAGUAUGAAGAAUUAUGAAAUAAUAAACAACAACAAUAAUAAUAAUAAUAAUAAUAUAAAUAAAGAUUCUGUGAGUGAAAUGUAUUUGCCUAAUAUUCUUCCAGUAAACAUUUCAUUGAAUGAUAUAAAAGAAAAUAAUGAUCAAAACAAUAAUUCAAAUGCAGAUUCACAUAUUUCAUUAUUUCAUUCUAAGUUUUAUUCAAAGUUUGAAUAUUUAUUAUUUGAUAUUAGGGGAGAUAUUUUUAAAGAUUGUAUGAGUAUGAUAAGAAAUAUAGAAAAUAGAUAUAAAAAUGAUUGUAAUUUUAUUUUUCGAAAUAAUCUAGAAUUAUAUUUUAACAUUGUAAAAUAUUUAUAUGAAAAUAAUAAAGAUCAAUAUAUAGGAUUAUUUUUAUUUUUUCAUGGAUAUAUUAUAUACGAAUUAGAAGAUAAGAAAAUUAAUAUGAUGAAAAAUUUUUGUACUUUUAAUAUAUCAUCUAAUUUUUUCUGUUUAAAAUUUGAACAACGUUCAUAUGAUUUUGAUAUUGAAGGAUUAUCAUAUGUAUCAAAAAAUGAUUCUAUUGAUGAUAUAAAAGUAAGAAAUAAGUUAAUUUUAAUGAAUACAGAAAAUUUGUAUUGUAAUAUUUUUUUAAGAACAGAUUUUUUUUCUAUAACCAAAUUUUUUAAUAUAUAUAUUAAGAAUAUAUACAAAGUAUUCUUUAAAUUAAAUAAUUUUUUUUCAAGCUAUUUCUUUUUAAAAGAAUUUAUUAUAUAUAUAUCUAGUAUUUUAUAUCUACCAGAAAUGGUUCAUAUGUAUAUUUAUUUAAUAAAUAUUAUAUUAACAAGUGGAAAGGAAAGAAUUGAAAUAUUAACACAAGAAGAAUUAUUUUUUGAAAAUUUAAAUAAUGAAUUUAAUAUAUAUGAAAAAAAGAAUUUAGAACAAAUAAAUAAAUGUGAUAUAUAUAAUAAAGAUGUUAAAAUGUAUGAACAAAAUGAUUUUACAGAUAUUAAUUAUGAUAAGACACCACUUAAUACAUAUAUAACAAAUAAAUAUAUAUAUGAAUAUAAAAAAGUAUUGAAUGAAUUUUUUCUAUAUUUAAAUUAUUUAAUAUCAAAUAAACAAAAUAUGAAUAUAUUAACUCCUAAAUAUAGAAAAGAAAUUCUUUAUAUUUAUUCAUUGAUUAUUUUAAAAAAAAAACAAAAGCAUUAUUAUAAUUAUGUUAUGAAAAAUAGAAAAUUGCAAACAACAAAUGAGUUCAAAGACAAUUUACAAGAUAUUAAUCCCCUGGAAGGAGAAGAUAAAAAUAUUAAUGAUGAUAAUAAAAAUACAACAAAUAUAUUAUAUAAUACAAUAGAUAAGAAAAAUGUAUUAGACGAUCAUAAUAAAAAAGAAAUAAAUAAUAUUAUAUCACCACCUGUAAAUUAUGAAUUGAAUAAUUAUGAUAAUAAUAAUAAUAUAAAGAUUGAUGAAUUAUAUAAUAAUAAUUUGGAUGAUAUUAAUAAAUUUGGCAAAAAUUUCUUACAGUGCUUUAAUGAAUGUAAUAAAGUUAGAAAGAAUGAAAAUAUAUGUUUUCUGUUUUUUAUUGAAAAUUUAUUUCUUGGACAUAAUAUGGAUACAGACAUAUAUAACGUAUCUAUAAAUGAUGAAGAAAGUGUAACAACAGUUUUAAAAAAUAUGAUACUGGAAGAUAUAAGUAAGAUUAAUAUAAAUGAAAAGAUGAAUAAUAGACAUACAGAUUAUAUAAAAGAAGGUGAUGAGACACACAUAAAUAAUACACAUCAUAAUAAUAAUUAUAAUAUGCAUGAUAGUAAUAAUUGUAAUGGUGACAUUACAUAUGAGAAUGAAAAGGAAAAGAACUCUACACAUUUUGAUAAUCCAUAUUAUGAUGAAAAUAAUAAGUUCAAUAUAUAUAACCUAUUUAAUGAUAUAUAUUAUUUUAAUGAAAACGAUAUAGAAUUAAAUUCAAGUGAUUUUAAGCUUAUGGAUAUUUCAGUAUUAAAUUAUUUACAUUUAAAUUACGAUUUUGAAAAGAAUUUAAAAUAUAUAUAUAAUUAUAUUAAUAAUAGAUUAUUUGUUUAUAAUUGCAAAAAGAUGAAUUCAUAUUUUAUUAAAAUAUUGUAUUAUUAUAUAAACCUAUUAUUUUUAAAAAUAAAAAAUAUUUUUUGUGAUGACUGUAUAUAUAUCAUUAAAAAACAACAAUCUUUAAAUUCAUCUGCAAAUGAUUGUUGUUCUAAUAUAUUUUUUCUAUUAUAUGUAAGACUUUUAUAUAAUUUAAAAAUACCAAAGGAUAUAUUACAUGAAAUAUGUUCGAAUUAUUUCCCAGGAAAUAAAUGUAAAAAAUAUAUAGACCUUUUAUUGAAUAGAAAAAAAUUUGGGAAUAUACAAAAUAAUCAGUCUGAUUAUAAUAAAAUAAAAAUGGUGCUUCAAAAAGGUGGUAUUAAUAAAAAGGAAAAAAAUCCUCAUCAAUACGAUACACACAACAAUAAUAAUAAUAUUAAUAUUAAUGGAAGUGUUAAUUCUUCCAAUAGUGGAGAUAAUAAUUUUAAUUGUGAAAAUUUUUGUCGGCCCUAUACAGAUAUAUUAUUCUUAUAUUUAAUAGAAAUAUUUUUAUUUCCAGAUAAAGAUUGUAGUUAUUUUGAAGUACUUAGUACAUGUUAUCAAUUUAUAAUAAAUAUAAAAAGAGGUAGAGAAAAUGUAUCUAUCAAAGAUGAAAUGUUAAAAAGGAUGUAUGAAAUAUUAAAAAAUAUACUUUUAAAACAAAAUUAUGAAAAUAUUUAUUAUUUUCAAAUUAUAUUAAUAUAUACUUCAUUAUUAUUAUACACCACUCACAUGAAAUCGUUAGUAUAUGAAAUGAGGAUAAUAGCUCAAUUUUAUUUAGAUUUUAUAUUUUUUUUUAUAGAAAAUAUAAAAAAUAAUUUGAUCAUUUUGGAUAUAAUAAAAUCGUAUGCUACUGAUCAGAAUGAUGUGUAUAAUAUGGAGCAAAAAAAAAAAAAUGGAAUGAGUGAUAAAGAAAAAAAAAAAGACCAAGAAGAAAAAAUUAACAAUAAUAAUAAUAAUAAUAAUAAUGAUAAUAAUAAUAGUUGUAAUAAUUGUAAUAAUUUUUAUAAUGAUGAACAGAAUAUAUUUUUUAACUUAUUAAAAUGCUAUUUUAGAAAGAUAAUAUCAUUACUGUAUUUAUAUACAGACGAAUUAAUAUUGUAUACUAUUAAACAUAAUAUAGAUUUAGAAAUAAAUGAAAGAGAAUAUUUUAGAAAGAACGUAUGCACAAAUAUAAAUUCAGAUAUUAUAUAUAAAUAUAUGAAUGUAAAAGAAGUGAAUCUAAGUAAUUUAUGUAUUUAUUGGGAUUAUGCAAUUAUUUCUGUGAGUCAAGAUAAAAAUAGUUUAUAUAUAUCAAGAUGUUAUAAAAAUUUUCUAUUAAUAUUAGCUCAAAUGUUUAAAAUAUAUCAUGAAAAUGAAAUCAUUAAUAGGAUAUUUUCAAAUGAUUUUUAUAAGAUGGACAUAGAAAAGGAUAUAAACGAAUUAUCCUUCAUUAUAAAUAAUCACCACCAAAACAUGUAUAAUAAUAAUAUUAUCAAUAAUAAUAAUAUUAUCAAUAAUAGUAAUAGUAGUAGUUGUUGUUGUGGUAUGAAUAAUUGUGAUGGUAAUUGUAAUAAACUCAAAUUAUAUUAUAACUUUUUUAACAUUCUAAAUAAUAAAGACAUGUUGGAAAAACAAUUUGGUUCCUUGUUUGAUACUUAUGUUAUUAAAAGUAAUAUAAGAGAAUGGAUAAACGAUACCUUGAUUUAUCACACUAAGGAUAUAAAAAUGAAUAAACAAGGAUAUACAGAUGAAAAAAACUCACCUUUUAAUAAUAAUUUAUUAAAUAAUAAUAUUCAUAUAAACGAAAUAAAAAAUGAAGAAUAUAUUUCAUGUACUGAAAAUUGUGACAUUUUAGAAAGUGAUGAAAAAUCUUUGUGUAAAUCACAAUUAAAUCAUUAUGAAAAGGAAAAUUUUUUUUAUAAUUUCAAUAUAUAUGACGUUAUCAAUAUUGAUAAGGAAAUAAAUAUGAACGAAAAAAUACAUGUACACAAUUCGAAUAAUGUAAUAAAAAAUGUGGAUGUAGUAAAUCUUUUUAUUAUAUUGAAUAAAAGAGCAAAUGAAUGCUUAAACAGGAAAAGGGUUGAAUAUUUUCAUGUGGAGAAGGUCCAUUUAAAUAUUGAAAAAUAUACAUAUAAAAACAAAUGGAAUUAUAUAAGAAAAUUAGAAAAAUUUUUGAAGCAAUAUCAACAUAUGAUUAAGGUUAUGUGUGAAAUAUUAAGUGAAUCAAAAUAUGUAGAUAGAAAUGAAAUUAAUUUAAGAAAAUGUAUAGAUCAAUGGUGGAAAAAUAGGUAUCUAUUAGAGCAGCAUUUGAAAAUCUUGAAUCUAGAUAUAUCAAAUAGUUUAGGUUGUUCUAUACAUAAAUUAAUAUCAAUUCCUUUAAUUAAUAUAAUAACAAAAUGGAAUAUUAUGGAUGAUAAAUCGAUGAAAAAUUAUACACUAGAAGAUCAUAAUAAAAAUAAUUAUUUUUGUGAUACAUUUGAAGAUGAAAAAAAAAAUAAUCUUUCCACAUUGAAUCAUUCAAAAAAUGACGAAGAAAAUUAUGUACAUAACACCAUAUCACCUUUGAAUAAUCAAUUGUAUUACUUAAAAGCUAAUUUUGAUAUUUUUAUUUAUAUUUUUUAUUUUCAUCAAAUUUUUCGAAUCAUACGAUGGUUAAAAAAAUGGAAUCAAUUUAUUCUUCCACUAAAAUAUUGGAGUGGAAUUGAUUAUAUAAAUGUCCUUAUAAAUAUAACCAUAUUUUCUAUAACACUAAAAAAUUGUAAUCUUGAAAUUAUCAAUGUAAAAAAAAAAUAUUUUCAAAAAAUGUGCAAUCUGAAAAAAAGGAGAGAUGAUAAAAAUAUGUCAAAGGAUUAUUUUUGUAAGGAGGAAAUAAAUAUACAAAAUGAAAAUAAAAAUGAAAAUAAUUAUUAUAAUUAUAACCAUAAUCAUAAUAUAAAAGAGAAAAAUAGUAAUUUUUCUAAUGAUAUCAACUGUGAAAAUCAUAUCCAUCAUUAUGAUUAUAUUAUUGAUCAAAAUAAUAUAUCAUAUUAUGAAAACUUUAUUAAUGAACAUAAUAUUAACAAGAAAGAUAAUAUUAUUAUUAAGAAUAACCCUAAUUCUUUAAAUAUCAAUAAAACAAGCACGUCCUAUUUACCAUGUUCCAAUAAAGAUAUUGAAGAUAUUCUUAUUUUUAAAAAAAUAAUUGAAAAGAAAACGGAAAAAGAACCAAUGGAUACAAAAAAAGGAAAAACUAGAGGAAGACGACAUACUUACUGUGAACAAAAUAUAUAUUCCAUAGAAGAAUAUGAGAAAAAAAAUAUAUAUCUAAGUCCUGACCUGAAUCCUAAUAUGAAGAACGACGUAGUAAAGAGCAAUACUAAUAAUUCAAAAUAUACAAAUAGUAAUACUCCAAUAAAUUGUAUUAAUUCAUAUAAUAUAGAAAAUUAUGAUGAAUUUGAAGAAAAUAAAAAAAAAAAGAAAAAAAAUAAUUCACCUAAUAUUAUAACAAGUAAUACAAAAAUGAAUAUGAAAAAAAAAACUGAUAAUUUCAAUAAUAAUAAUGUUUAUGAAUAUUUGAACCCUUUGAAAAAUACAAACAAUUCUGAAUGCGAAAUAAAUGAAAAUUAUAAAUUAGUGAAUAGCAAAAAAAAAAAUAAAAGAAAUACAAUAUCUGGUAUUUUCUUUGAUUAUGAUAUGAAACAAAGAUAUGAAGACUUACCAGAGAAAAAUUUUUUGAAAUUUUUAGAUUUAAGAAAAAAAUGUGUUAAAGGUUUAUUUAGAUGCUCAUUUAUUAAAUUAAGAAUGUAUUUAUAUCAUAUAUUAAUAGAUGUUUUUGAGAAUGCAGAUAUAGAUCCAAUGAAUAUUUUUGACUUUUUUAAUAUUAUCACACAUUCUUUUAUUAAGGAUGUCUUAUUUUGUAACCUUACAUUAGAUAAAACAAAUAAAGAUAAAUAUAUAUAUACCAGAAAUGUAGAAAAUAAUAAUGUAAGGAAAAAUCCUGUUAUUUUAUAUUUACAUAGUAAUUUGAGUAGAAUAUCUUUAGAAAACUUGGAACCUUUAAAGGAUUCAUAUAUUGUAAGGGGUGUGAGUAAAAUGGUAACUACUUAUUUAUAUAAAAGGUUGAUAAAUAAGAUAAAUCGUGAUAAAAGUAUAGGUAAAAAAAAUAUUUACACUAAUAUGCAUGACGAGGAUGAUAAUAAUAAUGAUGAUGAAGAUGAUUAUAAUAAUAACGAUGAGGAUGGUAAUAAUAAUAAUGAUGAGGAUGGUAAUAAUGAUGAUGAUGAUUAUAAUAAUAAUGUAGAUAUGGAUAUGAAAAAAUAUAUAAAUUAUGAAUAUAAUAAAAAAUGGGAGAUCAAUACAUCAGAAAAUGUGUGUGAUAAAAAAAAUACCAUGCGUAGAGCGACAUAUAACACAACAACUUUGAAGGAUAUAAAUAUAAACAAUAAUAAUAAUAGUAAUAGUAUUGUUGUGAGGAAGAGUGAUAUUAUGAAGGAUGACCCAAAUAACUAUCAUAACACUUCCAAUUUAUACUCUAAAAAGAAUUCGUUUCAUAAUAACCAAGAAAAAACAUUUGAUAAUUCAAUAAAUAUAAAAAGAAAAAAGGAAAAAGAGGAAUUUGUUAUUGUUGACGAUGAUGAUACAAAUAAUAAUAAUCUUCUAAAUAAUAAAAAAGGAGAUAAUAAUUACAAUUUAAUUGUUACAAAAGAAAAAGAUAAGAACGAAAUGUAUUCCACUAAAAGUGAUAAUACAAAAGAAAAGAAAAAUCAUAAAAGAUCAAGAAAAAGUAUGAAUAUUGAAUAUUCUUUUAUAAAUCCUUUUAUUAAUAAAAAUAAGGAACGAUCAAAAAAUAAAAGCAAUUUAACUUCAUACAAUACACAAUUUUUAAGUGAUAGAGGAGAAGAAGAAGAAGAAGAAGAAAAAAAAAAAAAAAGAAAGGAUGAAUAUAAUAUGAGUGAAAAAGAAUAUGUAUUAGAUAAAAAUAAGAAAAAAAAAAUUAUAAAAAAUAAUAAAAGUAUUAUUUCAAGUAAUAUAUCCAUAACACGUUCUUUAUCAAAUUCAUCAGAUUCAUCUGUAGAAUUAAUACAAAAUGAAGAUGAACUUAAGAAAAUAUUUAUGAAUGUUAGAAAUUCAUUAAAUUUUCAAAAUAUAAUGUCAAUUGAUAAUAAAGAGGAAUAUAAUAAUUAUCUUUAUUCUAAAAGAAAAAAUAGUAUAAGUGAAUCUGAAGCAUAUUUUGGUGAAAAAAAGAUGAAGCGUAUGAGUUCCUUUUUAAAAACAUCAAAGAAAGAUAAAAGAAGAACAUAUUCAAAUGAAAGAGAAUAUGUAUCAAAAGCAUAUGAAGUUAAUGGUAUGAAAUAUGUACCAUAUUAUAUUCGUAGCUCAAGAAUAAUUGAUCCUUAUAAAAGUAAAAUAUUUUUUUUAAUUAAUCCUAAUGGUGAUUUAAAAAGGACUGAAGAUGCUAUUAUUCCAUUUAUAUAUCAUAAAAAUAAAGAAAAAUAUAAAUAUAAAAAUUGGGAUGGAUAUAUUGGUAACGUACCCAAUGAAAAUGUUUUAAUAGAUCAUUUAUGUAAUGAUGAUUUAUUUUUAUAUUGUGGACAUCAAGGUGCAGAACAAUAUAUGAGAAAAGAAAACAUUAAAAAUGGAUUACCUAGUCUUGAAUUCAUUAUUGAUUAUAUUGUUGAAAAGAAAAUUAUAAAUUUGAAAAAGUAUCCUAAACUAAAGGAAAUAAUAAAUUUAUAUACUAAUAAAUAUAAUACUAAAAAAAACCAACAACUAGAAAACAGUACUAAUUCAAUACAAAAUAUAAAUCAAAGGAAGAGAAACUCUUCUACAUUUGCUUUAACAAAAAAUGAAAAGAAUACACGUACUGCUAUAAAAAAAGAUAUGAAAAGAAAAAAUAUAGGAGCCAUUAAUAAUAUAUUAGUUCAUUUGGAAAAUACAAAACUAAAGAACAACAUUAAAAAUAAUGAUAAUAGUAGUGAUGAUAAUAAUAAUAAUAAUAAUAAUAAUAAUAGUGGUCAUCAUAAUAAUUCAAAAAUAUAUAUAAAUCCACUUAGCAAAGGAUUAAAUUGCUGUACAUUUUUAAUAGGUUGUAGUUCUGGUCUUCUUUCAUCUUAUGGUUUUGAUUUAGAUGCAUGGGGUACUGUUUAUGAUUAUAUAGUAGGAGGAUCUUUAUUUGUUUUUGGAAAUUUGUGGAAUGUAACUGACGGAGAAGUAGAUGGAUUUACACAAAAUUUUUUAUGGAAAUGGACACAACCUAAUUCAUCUUCUUUAUUUCAAUCAAAAUUUAUAUAUAAUGAAAAAUUACCAUCUUUGAAUUUAAACUUUCUUUUCUUUUUAGAAUUAUUUUUAAAAAAUAUGAAAAAUAUAAAAGAUAUUGAAAAAUUGUUAAAUAAUGAUAUAAAUUUAUUAAAAUUAGAUAUCCAUAUUGGUGAUCAUUUUAUUACUGUACCUAUGAAUAUAUAUAAAUUUUUAAUAAAAAAUAAAUUUCUUUAUAUAUAUUUUAGAGAUUAUUAUAAUAAGAAUAUAUUUGUAAAUAAAAACCUUUAUUAUAUUAAUCAAAAUAAGAAAUAUAUGUGGUUAACUAUAACAGAAUCAUUAACAGAAGCUAAGCAAUAUUGUCGAUUACCAUAUGGUACAGGUUCUGCAGGAGUUAUGUACGGUUUGCCAAUAUAG